AAAAAUUUAUGUAAAAAACGAAGAAGUUAUUUUAUUAAACUAUAAAUAACCUUUUCUUUAUAACUCUCUGCUUCUAUCUUUCGAGCAUUGAAAUGAUUAAAAAAAAAUUAGUGGUGUUUUCAACAUAGAUCAUGACAGGCAAACCCUAGAUUUUACUUCACCUACUUGAGGUUAAAAAACUUAAUUGCAAGUAGGCCAGACAUCGGAUCUUCUCUCUUAAGGGCUAAGCAAAACCCAUCUCUCCUCUUUCUUCUAUCUUCUUUCUCUUCCUUCUCUCUUCUCUUGUAUAAACUCCACUGAGCUCUGUUUUUGUUUUUACCGUAGAUCGUUUCGAGUCUCUUUAAUCUUUGGCGGGUUCCGUAAAAAAAAAAAUGGCCUCUUCUAGAUUCCAAUCUGGGUUUUGUCCUAUCUCUUCGUGUCCCUCUCUUGAGAAUUUCAUCGAAAGGAUUAAAGACGCAUGUCGUUUCACCCUCUCCGCUGUUCUAGGGACAAUUCUCUCGGCGGUCUUGACUUUCUUCUUCGCUUUAGUGGGCACAUUGCUUGGAGCACUUACUGGAGCUUUGAUAGGCCAAGAAACCGAAAGUGGGUUUAUCCGAGGAGCGGCGGUUGGAGCCAUUUCGGGAGCUGUUUUCUCUAUCGAAGUCUUUGAGUCAUCUCUUGUUCUUUGGAAAUCUAAUGAGUCACGUUUUGGAUGUCUCCUCUACUUGAUUGAUGUCAUUGUUAGUCUGAUAAGUGGUAGACUUGUGCGGGAACGAAUAGGUCCAGCAAUGCUAAGUGCGGUUCAAAGUCAGAUGGGAGCUGUGGAUUCAACUUUCGAAGAGCUCUCGAGUAUUUUCGAUACCGGUGGCUCAAAGGGGUUAACAGGAGAUUUGGUUGAUAAAAUACCUAAAAUCAAAAUCACUGGCAAAAACAACUUAGAUGCUUCUGGCAACAAAGACUCAUGUUCUGUUUGUCUUCAGGAUUUUCAACUUGGUGAAACGGUGAGAAGCUUGCCACAUUGUCAUCACAUGUUUCACUUGCCUUGCAUAGACAAUUGGCUCUUCAGGCACGGAUCUUGUCCAAUGUGUAGACGCGAUCUGUAAUCUCUUUUCUUACCAUUUGCACAGCCUCUUCCCUCUCUCUCCUUCUUCUUGUAUGGUCGUAAAUUCGUAAUCAUGUGGUUAGAGUCUCUAUAUAUGUACAAAGAAAUGAAAAAAAAAAAGUUUUGAAAUAAGUUGAUCUUAACCAAACCCAUUAAAUUCAAGACUUUAGAUUGUGUGUUGGUCUCACCAAACUUUGAAGUGAGUGAUUGAAUUUUCGUAAAUACAACUACAUUCAGUAGUUAUGACGUGAAGGAAAGAAAUUGAAUUCUAUGUGUGAAUCUAUG